AUGUCCAAGGGUACCGUGUGCCUCGCUUACUCAGGUGGUCUUGACACCUCGACCAUUCUCGCCUGGCUGCUUGACCAGGGAUAUGAGGUCGUCGCAUACAUCGCCAAUGUUGGCCAGGAGGAGGACUGGGCUGCCGUCGAGAAGAAAGCUCUCCAGAUGGGCGCCAAGAAGAUGAUCAUCGACGAUCUCGAGCGCGAAAUGGUUGAGGACCUUUGCUUCAAGGCCGUCAAGGUCAACGCACAAUACGAGGAUACCUACUUGCUGGGUACCAGCUUGGCUCGCCCUGUCAUCGCACGCGGCAUGAUGAGGGCUGCCGCUCGGGAGGGUUGCCAGUUUGUGUCUCACGGUUGCACCGGCAAGGGAAACGAUCAGGUCAGAUUCGAGCUCGCAUUCUACACCAUCAACCCCAGCAUCAAGUGCAUCAGCCCCUGGCGUCUGCCUGAGUUCACCUCGCGCUUCCAAGGCCGGAACGAUCUUCUUGAAUACGCAGCCCAGAAGAGCCAAGCCGUACUCGAUGGAUGCCAAUCUCGCCCACUGCUCGCUGGCAUGCUUGAGGACCCCGACGUCACCCCCCCUGAGGACAUGUGGACUAUGACUGUCUCCCCGCUCAAGGCUCCUGACACCCCCGCCCACAUCACAAUUCACUUCGAAAAGGGUAUCCCUGUCAAGGUUGUGACUCUCGAGACCCAGCAGACAGUGACCGAUUCCGUCGAGGUUUUCAAGCUCCUCAACGCGCUCGGAAAGGAGCAUGGCAUUGGCCGCAUUGAUAUCGUUGAGAACCGCUUGAUCGGCUUGAAGUCUAGGGGCUGCUACGACUCUCCCGCCAUGACGAUCCUUCGUGUGGCUCACAUCGCGAUCGAAGGCCUUACACUCGAUGGCCGCCUGAGGGCUGCCCGCGAUACGUUGAGCAAGCAGUGGUCUCAGCUGCUCUACAAUGGUCUUUACUACAGUCCCGAGAGAGAAUUCCUGCAGCCAAGUCUCGACUUUGCCCAAGAACGGGUUAACGGUGAAGUCCGCCUUCAGCUGUACAAGGGUCAAGCCUACGUUCUUGGCCGCAGGUCCCCGGAGAAGUUGUACUCCGAGGAGGAUGCCUCUAUGGACUCCCUCACUACUUUCGAUCCCGCUGAUGCGACUGGCUUCAUCGCGAUCGAGUCCAUCCGCCUCAAGAAGUAUGGCCAACAGCUGGCGGAAGCUGGUUACAAGUUUUGA